AUGGCGGCAAUUACCACGGCAAUCCCGAACCACCAACCCGACCCGAACUCCCAAAUUUCCCGCCAAGAGGAAGUGAAGAAGUUCGAUGAGUCCAAAAUCGGCGUCAAGGGUCUCGUUGACAGAGGGGUCACCUCCAUUCCGGCCUUCUUCGUCCACCCAAACCCGCCUGACCGGAGCUCCCAUCAUUCAAACCCGACUCCGGAUUUUGCCGAUUCGGGUCCGACUCCGAAAAUCCCGCUGAUAGAUUUCUCGUCUCCCAGGUCGACGAUCGUUGACCAAGUCCGAGAAGCUGCUUCCAAAUUUGGAUUCUUCCAAAUCAUCAACCACUCGGUCCCGCCGAGCUCGAUCAAGAAAAUAUUGACUGCCAUCAAAGAGUUUUUUGAGCUCCCGGAGAGCGUAAAAAUGGAGUAUUACAGCCGGGAAUUUACGAAAGGCGCUGUUUAUUCCACUAAUUUUGACCUCUACCAAUCGAAAGCUGCCAGCUGGAGGGACACGCUCCAGAUGGGUUUAUCCCCGAAUAUGGCCGACCCGGAAAACGUUCCUCCGCCUUGCCGGGAAACUGUCCCGGAGUGGGACAAAGAAGUCGUGAAAAUCUCCGAAGAAGUUCUGGAUAUACUUUUUGAAGGGUUAGGAUUGGAGGACGGUUUAAACAAGUUGAAGGAGAUGACUUGUCUGGAUGGCCGGGUUAUGGCAGCUCAUUACUAUCCGUAUUGUCCCCAACCUGAAUUGACUGCCGGACUGACGUCACAUACGGACCCGGGAUUGUUAACUGUGUUGGUUCAGAAUCAGGUGCCUGGGUUACAAGUCAAAGUUGGAGAUAAAUGGGUUGAUUUGGAGCCUGUGGAAGGUGGCAUUAUCAUCAACAUUGGGGACAAUCUUCAGAUAAUGUCCAACGAUGAAUACAUUAGUGUGGAGCAUAGAGUUUUAGCUAACCCUCUGCGCGAAUCCCGUGUAUCUGCUGCGGUAUUUUUAAAGCCAAGCCGUAGAGAUUUGUUGUGUGGACCUUUCCCAGAACUUACAUCAGCUGAAAAACCAGCUCGUUUCCGGCAGUUCACGUUGGCUGACUACAUGACCAGAUUUUUCUCCAAGGAGUUAGAUGGAAAGACCUUGGUGAAUUACUACAGAGCCUGA